CUCCUUCAAUCCAAAUCAAUCAUUUUUGUCUCUUGCUCUUUCGACCCCUUUUCUUCAUUCUUUGCACAUUUUGAAUUUUCGUAAUUUAGUUUAUGGUUUUUGGAGAUGGGGCAACAAACUUUGAUCUAUAGCUUUGUAUCUCGUGGCACAAUUAUUCUUGCUGAGUAUACAGAAUUUUCUGGAAAUUUUUCCACCAUUGCCUCUCAAUGUUUACAAAAGCUUCCUUCUUCUAAUAACAGAUUCACCUACAAUUGUGAUGGUCACACUUUCAAUUACCUUGUUGAUAAUGGAUUCACGUAUUGUGUGGUCGCAGUUGAAUCUGCUGGUAGACAGAUUCCUAUUGCUUAUCUUGAGCGUGUCAAGGAAGAAUUCAGCAAAAAAUAUGGUGGCGGCAAAGCUGCAACUGCUACAACUCAUAGCCUAAACAAAGAAUUUGGGUCUAAAUUAAAGCAGCAAAUGCAAUAUUGUGUUGAUCAUCCCGAAGAGAUUAACAAGCUUGCCAAAGUGAAGGCUCAAGUUUCUGAAGUCAAGGGUGUUAUGAUGGAAAACAUUGAGAAGGUUCUUGACCGUGGAGAAAAGAUUGAGAUGUUAGUGGAUAAAACUGACAACCUUCGAUCACAAGCACAAGAUUUUAGAACACAGGGAACAAAGAUGAAAAGAAAGAUGUGGAUUGAAAAUAUGAAGAUCAAAUUGAUUGCUUUUGGUAUCAUCUUAGCGAUAAUUUUGAUGAUAUUUAUGUCACUAUGUCGUGGCUUCAGCUGCUUAAAUUAGUUUUUUUUUUCUUCGAUCUAUUUUACAAGAUUUCAUUUGUAACUUUUGUGCCUGUUCUUAAUCUAAUUAACAUUCUUUAGUUGAUUAUAUAA